UUAUAUCUCAUAUUCUCACUCUCUUUUAUACUGAAAUAUAACAUUCACUUCUACAAUUCUUACAGAUGUUUCUAAAACUAAAAGAAAACCUUACAAAUCUAAUGUUUGGUAUAAUGUUGUGUGAUGGAAUAGUAUAUUAGCAACAUAUGCUAACAUAACAGCUGAUUGAGGCAAUUCAAAACACACUUGUCAGCUUAAUCUAUACAUCCAUACAACUUACACAUAAGUAAGUAUGCAAUAGGUAUUAUGCGAAACAAAGUUGAGCUGAGUUUCGUACUCCAAUAUAGUCCAAUAUUGGUUUGCGAUAACGUUCAUUAAUAUUAAUAUUCUGCCGCCACAGGAACCCAAUUAAACACGUAGGGGAGCGAGGGGCUUGUUGUAACAGGGGCAAGUAGUAACAGGCCCUUUUCACUAGGAUCUUAAACGCUAUUAACGUAUUUCUUUGACUCGAUUUAACCUAUAAACCGCGCCGCAUCUUGUUGCCAUAGCCAAAAUCCCGCCGGCCGGCGCAGUGAGCGGAAGUGUGCACGUGCUUCAUUUCUGCCAGAAUGAGAGUGUAUAAAAGAAAGUCAGAGCGGGCAACACAAAGCCAAGAAGUGUACGAGUUAGCGGCAGCUGAAGUUUUAGAAAACAAAUGCAGUAUUCGGAAAGCUAGUCAGACUUUCGGAUUAUGUCACGUCUCUCUUUAUAGAUACAUAAAGAAAAAGAAGAAUAAUGAAAGAUUAAGAGUUGGUUAUGUUAAGCCUAGACAAGUAUUUACUGCAGAAGAGGAAGAUAAGAUAGCUUCGUACCUACUCAAGUGCGCCGAUAUAUAUUUUGGACUACUUCCUAUAGAAGUAAGGAAACUAGCUCACCAAUGCGGUGUGCAGCUUAGUGCUAAAAACAUUCCUCCUUCAUGGCAUCAAAAUAACAUGGCUGGUACUGACUGGUUCCAAAAUUUUAUGCGCAGAAAUUCACAUUUAUCUCUAAGGACACCAGAAGCGACGUCUUUAAGUCGAGCGACGUCUUUCAAUAAGACUAACGUUAAUUCAUUCUUUGAAAUAUAUCAACGACUUCUCCAAAAAUAUCAGUUUAAUGCUUCUCGAAUAUGGAACAUUGAUGAAACAGGGGUCACAACGGUUCAAAAACCUAAGAAAAUAGUAGCUGCUCGUGGCCAAAAGCAAAUUGGAGCUAUCACAUCGGCUGAGAGGGGAACUCUUGUAACACUUGCUUGUGCCUCUAACGCUGCGGGUAAUUUUAUCCCACCGAUGUUCGUUUUUCCCAAGCUUAAAUAUUCUGAAAUGUUUAUUCGUGGUGGACCUCCAGAUUGCAUUGGUGCUGGUAAUUCCUCCGGAUGGAUGACCGAAAAAGAAUUUUUAAUUUUUAUGGAUCAUUUUAUCAAACACGCAAAACCCACCAAGGAAGAGCCAGUUCUGUUGCUACUUGAUAACCAUAGCUCACACGUGAAUAUUGGAGUAGUUGAAAAAGCCAAAGAAAAUAAUGUCAUCAUGUUAUCGUUUCCCCCGCACUGCUCCCACAAUUUGCAACCUUUAGACGUAGGAGUGUACGGUCCUUUUAAAAAUUACACAAAUAGGGCACAGACAGCAUGGAUGCACAACAAUCCGGGGAAAACGAUGACAAUAUAUGACAUCCCAAGUAUUGUGAAAGAGUCAUUACCGCUUGCCCUGAACCCUACUAAUAUUAUGAGUGGAUUUAAAGCUUCUGGUUUAUGGCCUUUGAAUGCUGAUAUUUUCCAAGACUCCGACUUUGCGCCAUCUUAUGUUACUGAUCGUCCAGAUCCUACACAAGAGCCAGAUGACGUAAAUGUCACAGAUAAUAUAUCUUUGAAUCUUGAAAAUCCAGAACUAUUAGAUUCUGUCCCUGAAGUAGAUAUAAGCACCACGGAAAUUAUAAGCCAAAUCGAAACUGCAAACGAACCAACUCCGAGUUGCUCCGGUCUACAAAAAACUUUCUCGCCAUCGAAGAUUAGACCUUUACCAAAGGCGCCACCAAGAAAAACUAAUACAAAUAGCAGACGCAAAAGAAAAUCUACAGUAUUGACGGACACUCCUGAAAAGGAAGCUUUACUAAAGGAAUAUGAGGAAAAGAUGAAGAAAAAACAGAAAAAAGAUGACAAAAUUAAAGGAAAAGGGAAAGGAAAGGGGAAGGGAAAAGCCAAAGGUAAAUCAACAAAUAAUAAAACCGGAGUGGGCAGAGCUAAAAAAAAGAUUUUAUGUUCAGAUUCAGAAUCUGAAGCAGAAGAAUGGUAUUGUCUGGUAUGUGGUGAAGCUUACACAGAUACAAAUAAAGAAGAUUGGAUAGAGUGUAUCAUUUGUAAGAUGUGGGCACAUGUAGGAUGUGUUACAGGAGACAUUAUAUCUUUUAUUUGUAUUAAUUGUAACUCAGAUGAAGACUGAAUUUAAUUAUAAUGAAACCCACCAAAUGUUGAUUCUUACAUAAGUAUAAUACUUUGUUAAAUAGCUAUUAAGAAGAGAUAAUUAAGAAGCAUACCUUAGAUAUAAAUAAUUUAAUUUACUGUGAUUCAAAAGUGCCAUGAUGAUUAUAAGUAGUGUUUAACUAAAUAAAACUGUUAAUUACUUAAUUUUUAAGUGUUGAUUACUAAAAAAAAUUUAUUUGAGUUGAUUUUUGAUAAGAAUUACGUAAUACUUACUUUAG